CCUGUGACGUCUCGCCCAACGCGAGGUCAUUUGUUUUAAGUCGGCAAACGCUAAAAUAUCCGGCUAAACUCAUUGAUUAUCGGAUGAGUUAUUAAAGAUAAAACAAUGGAUAAUCCACAUAUUAAAUAGUUCAUCGACUAUAUUUGCAUUUGAUACUCCAUUUUUAAAGAAAAAUGUCUGAACUCAAUUUAGCCCUCUCCAAAGAAGGCUGGUACCUUACAGAUGAAGGAAUAGAGGAGUUGAAAGCCACUUCUGAGAAACCCUCAGCUAAUUACAUUAUUCGCAUUGCACUUAAUAGUGACUUGAGGACUAUUGGCAGGAAGUUUCUCCCUGCGGACGUCAACAGUGGCCGGGUGGAGAAGGUGGAGGGUCCGUGUGUGCUGCAGGUGCAGAAGGUGAGGAACGUGUCGGCCCCCAAGGACCAUGAGGAGUCUCAGGGAGCCCCCAGGAUGCUGCGGCUGCAGAUGACAGACGGACACACCAACGCUGUGGGCCUCGAGUUCAAACACCUCUCCCAGAUCAGUCUGAACACCCCUCCAGGAACCAAGGUGAAGGUCCUUGGUACGGUCCAGGUGAAGAAUGGCAUUCUGCUUCUGGAUGACUCAAAGAUCUCCGUCCUCGGAGGGGAGGUCGACCACAUGAUGGAGAAAUGGGAACUGCAAAGGAGCUUGGCCAAACACAGCAGGAGUAACAUCGGAAGAGAGGGUGGAGCCCCUCCCUUUGUGCCCUUCGGACAGAAGUGUAUAAGGAAUGAGGAAGUGGACUGUAGAGAGCUGGACAGCAGGAAAACCCUGGUCAGCACCAGUGUGGUGAAAACAGCUGAGGAGAAUGAAGAGUUUGAGAAGCAGAGGCUAGCAGCCAUCGCUGAGGUCGCCAAGAACAAAGAGGGAACUCGUACGUUUGGCGGCGGAGGCAAUGCGGGGGGGAACCUGGUUAACACGGGCAGCCGGGACAGCUACCGACGAGGAGACCGAGGAGACAGGGACUCGUACCGGCAGAGACGAGAGGAGAGGACAGAGGAGCCCGGCCGACCAGAAGGAAACUACAGAGAGCUCGGGAGUUACCGGGAACUAGGAAAUUACCGCGAGCUGGUGGAUGAACGGGCCCUAAGGGACAUUAUGGAGAUGGGGUUUGAUAAGGAGGAUGCUCGCCAGGCCCUGAUGGACAACAACAACAACAUGGAGGUGGCUCUCAACAGUCUGCUGACGGGGACCUUCAAACCCCCCCCACCCCCAGAGGAACCCAACCGUCCCCCACCCAGAGACAGAGGAAGGGGUCGUGGCCGGGGUCGGGGGAGGUCCAGCAGGUUUGGGGGUGAGGAUGAGGAGGAAGGAGCAGGAGGAAGACCGUCAGGACCCAGCACUCUGUUUGACUUCCUGGAAUCCAAGAUGGAGAGCUUCUCCAUACAAGAGCCAAAGGGCCAGUCCUCUCAGAGGCACCAUGAGGGUAAGAUGACGUUCCCCCCCAACGACCAGUAUUACCCCCAACGCAGCGACAGCCAGUCCCAGGGCAGGUACCCCCAACGCAGCGACAGCCAGUCCCAGGCCAGGUACCCCCAACGCAGCGACAGCCAGUCCCAGGGCAGGUACCCCCAACGCAGCGACAGCCAGUCCCAGGGCAGGAACCCCCAACGCAGCGACAGCCGCAACGACAGGUCAGACAAUAGGAAUGACUCGUCCAGGAACGACACAUCACGCAAGGAGAGAAAUGAGAGAGCAGACUUCAGGAAGGAGAGGAACGGCGGACCGCCACGCUUCCAGAGGGAUAGUGAAAAGGAUUUCCCUAAACCUGGCCACGACCCCUCCACCACCCCAUCCAGCCCUUCCCCAGCUCCGGCUCCAGCAGGGGGCCAGCAGGGCCAGGAGAGAGCCCAGGACAGAGGCCAGGAAAGGGGCCAGACACAGGAGAAGGCCCCUCCUGGAGGUGGAGGAGGGUCAGAGAGGUGGAGAGAGGCCCAGAAUGAGAGACAAGCAGCCAGGGAGGCAAGAGGACAGACAUCAGUGUUCUGCCCUGCUACGUACCCCGCCCCUGGCCAGAGGAACAGAGAACCCAGAGACAGAACCCAGGGGGAUCCUUCUGGAUCUGGAACAUUCCAGCAGGGAAUCAGAGUAGGUUCUAGUUCUGGGUCCGGAGGGUUCCAGAACCAAAGUCGGAGAGAGCAGCACUCGGUACCUGAUCUGUCGUUUAAUAAAAGAGGAGGAGGAGGGGUGAAGCAGGACAACGGACCAGCACCAGCUGCCUCUAAACCAGGCCAGCACCAGACAGAGUCCAGUUCUAACACUGUAUCAGAACAUAAAGGGAUCCACAGAUCUGACAGCAGAGCUGAGCCCAACUGCAGAAGGAGAGGAGGGGGGAGGUUCCACAGGGAAAGGCCCAACUCUGACAACUUUGACCGUUACCGGGACAACGGACCGUUGAACUCUUCGAACUCGUGGGUUGGCCAAGAGAAGGACUCUAGCGCUGGGGCGCAGGACGGGGGCGUGUCCCGUGGUGAGUCUCGUCCAGUGAAAGGCCAAGUGGGCGGCGGACCGGGCUCAGGGCCACACCUCCAGAACGGUGACUCGUCAACGGAACACAGGACAGGGCCAAUCAAACAACAGAACUCCUCCUCUGGUCCUGCCCCCACGGAGAGGGAGGAGUCACAUAACUGGAACAGCACUAACCCUGCCCAUAACAACUCCAACACCGCCCCCAAGAAGAGGUCAGGGCAGAUCAAAGGGCAGAGGUCAGACCAGGGUCAGGUUGGGUCCAUGGAGCCUGCAGUGUGUCAAGGCCCGGGGAACUGGAAACCAGGAGACCAGGUUUUAGCUCUCUACUGGGAAGAUAACAAGUUCUACAGGUCCAGGAUAGAUGCUGUGCAUCCCUCUGGUUCCACGGCGGUCGUGACCUUUACUGAGUAUGGAAACUGUGAGGAGGUCCUUCUGCACAACAUCAAACCUGUCAACAUGGACUUCUGGACUGAGUCCACAAAGGAUCCCAGAGGUCGACGCAUCUGACCCCAAAACUACAUCUCUCUUCUCUAUGGGUUGCAAAAUUCCGGCAACUUUCCCAGGUUUUUCCCAGAAAUCCUGGUUGGGAGGAUUCCAGAUAUGCUUAUUAUUCCGGAAUCUUUCAACUGGGAUUUCUGGGAAAACCUGAUGACUUUGGGAAAGUUAGUGGAAUUUUGCAAGCCUUCUCUCCUCUUCACCAAUACACGAUGACAACUCUUCCUCGUGUGUUCACUUGUGUGUCCAUAUCAAGAAGUGUGAAACGAUCAGGAGAAGGGCUUGUUGCGCGAAGACGCUGACAACAAGGACUGUAGCUAACGAACUUUGUAAAGUGCACAGCCGCUGUACACGGGGAAGACUUGUAAAAUAGUUUAUUAGACUAAUAAAAACGCUGCUCCUC